AUGAAGAAUCUCAACGUGAUAACGAACAAAAUUGUGGAGGAGCGGGUGAAGGAGUAUUGCAGGAAAAUCGAGGAGCAGAAACUGAAAAAUGUAAAGCCUACCAUUCAGUUCGACAGAACAAAACGGAGCCUCAACAACAGGAAGAAGCUCUACCAUGCCAAAAUGAGGAACGAAGAAAUAGAAAGAAACAAUAACAUUUUGAAGAAGAAGUUGGAGGGCAUUACCAGACGAGACAAGCGGGCAGCGGAGCAGUCCAAGCAAACUGCUAACCAGUUGGAAGUCAACAUAAACAAGAAGAACUUUUUAUUCGAUAAUAUUAAGAAGGCUAAAAUUAAAAAGGAGAAAAAAAGCAACCACAUUAAUGUUCCUCCCCCCGUGGUUGUGAAGCCCAAAGUUAAAGUCCUUUAUAAAGGUUACAUCGACGACAGCCAGAAGAGGUGCAAGUUCUACACAGAACUGAAAGUCGACGAAGAAUCCAACCUAAGCGUUAUCGCGUUAAAUUUAAAAAAUAAAAAAUUAAAAAAGUUCUCCUGCAAUAAAGAGAGGCACCACGAGUUGCUCAGCAACCUCGGGAGCUACGAAGAGAUCGCCAAGAACCUGACCCACCAGGAGGAAGACAGCGCAGACAAAGAAAAGAAACGAACCCCAAAUGGAAAGCCAAGUGCAAAACAGAUAAGUGAAAAACCCAUGCGAAUAAAACACAGGGUGAUGAUGGAGAAGGUUGAAAAGACAUGUGAUUUUUAUUUAAAAAAAUAUUUCAAAGAUGAAGUACAUGUGAAGGAUGCAGAUAACACACACGCGAACACAAACACACACGCGAACACAAACACAAACAUAAGUAAAAACAAAAAUGUGAUAAAUUUAAAAAAAAAAAAAAACUCAUUUCUCUUAAUUAAAAAUGAUUUAUUAUACAAAUCUAAGAUUAACGAAGCCCAGGCUGUACUCAUAUACAAGAAGAUAAAGGAAAAGGUUAAAAAGAAUAAGCAUAACGCAGGUGUCGUCCUGCCUGCACCCCCACCAGGAAAAUCCUCCAAGCAGGAGACAAUCAUCCCUAACACUGCUACUCUCAAGCAGAGCGACGCCACCAACGGUGAACCCGAAAAUGAUACGAAGACACACGCAGAGGAGAAGUGCCCAAAGCAGCAGGGACAGCAGCCGGGGGAGGACGCAGCAGCAGAGGCAAAGGAUGACAACCCCCCUCUAGAAAGCGCCUACACGAGGGAAUUAAAAAAAUGGAGAGUCACGCUGGACGAGGAAAUGCGAAGUGAAGUGCAGGUGGUCGUGCAGAAAUACAACGGGGUGCAGCACGCAGGGCAGCAGGUGCAAGCAGCACACGUGGAGGAAGAAGUACAGGUCCAGAAUGAAGUACCGUUGGAGGAAACCCCUGUGGAGGAAGAAGUACCUGUGGAGGAAGAACUACAGGUCGAGAAUGAGGUACCGGUAGAGAAUGAAGUACCGGUGGAAGAAGAAGAAGAAGUACCUGUGGAGGAAGAAGUACAGGUCGAGAAUGAGGUACCGGUGGAAGAAGAAGUACAGGUGCAAGAAGAAAUACAUGUGGAGGAAGAAAUACAUGUGGAAGAAGAAACUGUGGAAAAUGAAGUACCUGUGGAGGAAGAAAUACACGUGCAAGAAGCACCUGUGGAAGAAGAACCCAUGGAAAAUGAAGCACCGGUGGAGGAAACACACGUGGACGCAGCAUUUGUGCAGGAACAACCCAUGGAAAAUGAAGUACCGGUACAGGAAGAACCCGUGGAAGAACUUGUGGAGCAGAAAAGCCAACGUGUCGAGUGCACCGCCGCUGUAGAGAGCACCCAGGGUGAAGACACGGGGGAAGGUGCAGAUGCAGAUGCGAACGAAGGGAACCAAGCAGAGGAACGCAAAUCUGUGGACGCUGAGGAGACACUCGCAGAAGGUCCCCCCAAUGCGCACGAAAGCGGCGCAAGUGCGUCGAAUGAAAACUGUGCAGAGGAGUAA